AUGUCCUCUCAGCCGAUAGCCAGCACGAGUAGCAGUGCCCAACCAAACGCUCAGAGUUAUUAUCGACCCAAAGGACACAACCAGUCUCAGGACGCGAACCAGGGAUCAUCAAUGGUCCCAUCGCCGGCUAUCCAGCACGGCGCAGAUGUGAUCUUGCAACUGAUCGAAUCCGAAAAAGCUGCCAUCGCGAAGAACUACGAACGCGAACUAUCCUCACUUCGCUAUACAAACGAGCAACUUCUCCUACAGUACACGAAGGUAAAAACGGACGUCAAGCCAGAAGUUGUCUCCUCUGUUGAGCUGGAAACGAGGCUGCACCUACUACAGAAGCAAUUUGAUGAGUACCGCGUCAGUACAGCGAAGGAGCUGAAUGCAGCCGUCACGGCGGCUAAAACGGAUUCGGGAGAUGUUCUGAAGGGCAUCUCGAAACGCUUGGGAGAGAAGGAGGCGCAGAUGAACGCGUUGAACAUGGCUCUGGAUCGUGCUGGGCUUUGUCAAGACCACCAGGGGUUACUGCGAUUCUCUGGUGAAUGGCAGAGCUUCGUCGAAGGGCUCCUCAGAAUGCCAGAUGGGCAAACCACGGUCCCCCCGGAGCAAUACCCUCUAGACCCGUGCUCCCUGCUCCGAUUCCUGCAAAACACGCACAAAACGUAUCUCAGCACUAUUCGACAUAUGCAGGAGAAGUGCACUGCAGCUGAGAAGGAGCGCGACGAGUUGCGCGUGUUGUUGGCAAAUUCCCAAGUAGAUCCGGCAAUGCGUAUGCAGAGUUUAGAAGUUCCUGAUGGCAAUGCUUUGGCCCUAGUCAAGGCCCAUCCAAGUGAUAGUGAAAAUUAA